CACUCGCAUCACUCGUCCUCGAUGGGUGACGCUGUUUGACAGCUCCGUCGCUUUUGGCUGGCAAAGGAAGGAAAAUUACCUUCCCACAAAUUCCGCGCGGAAAAACAGUGCAAAAGUGAACAAAUUUGGAACAAAAAUAUCGCCAAAGUGAGCAGAACGGUGCGCUGAGCCGAUUGUGACAUUUUUCGCGCCUCCCAGCCCAGCCCAACCAUGGCGGCUCAGCAGUUUUCGCUGCGUUGGAACAACUACACCAACUACAUUACCGGGGCGUUCGACUCACUGCGCUACGAGGAAGACCUGGUGGACGUGACGCUAUGCUGCGAAGGUCGCAAGAUUCGCGCCCACAAGAUUCUGCUGUCGGCUUGCAGCGCUUACUUCAAGGAGAUAUUCAAGGAGAACCCGUGCCAACAUCCGGUGAUAAUAUUUAAAAAUGUUAAAUAUUCCGACCUGAUGUCGAUCGUGGAGUUUAUGUACCAGGGCGAGGUCAGCGUCGUCCAGGAAUCGCUGCCGUCGUUCCUGCACACGGCGGAACUGCUUUCGAUCCGGGGGCUAACGGAUAACAGUGGCGACACGCGCCAGCAGCAGCCCCAGCAGGCAACGUCCUCGUUGGCCCAGCAAAUCAUCCAAACGCAGAACCAGAGUCUGCUGGACAAGGCCACAAUCACGACGGCGGAGUCGGUUUAUCUCACGCUGCCAUCGAACUCGACGAUCGUGCACCAGCCGGCCAAGCUGCUGCAGGCCCAGAUCGCGACGGCACCGCAAAUUCUAAACAAGACCAUCAUCAAAACGGCCCCCACUGAAAUGCCCACCCUGACGACCGCCUCCGGAGCCACCAUUACGGUGCCAAUCUCACAGCCCCAGCAACAGCAGCAGACCAUCGCCAAGAUCCAGGUUCAAGCCCCACAACAGACUGCCACCAUCCAGCAGCAGCAACAGCAGACCCAAGUGGUUCAGACCCAGCAACACGUCCAACAACAGCAGCAGCAGCAGCAGCAACAACAACAGCAGACCCAGCAAGCCACAACCCUGCAGGAAGUGGUCGAAAGUGUCGUCUCGCAACCGAAGAAGAAAAAGAUCAAGGUCCAGCAAAUCAUCCACACCUCGACGCCGAACCAGAGCGUGGUGGGCACGAGUGGCGCCGGAACUACGACCACCGUCGUAACCACCCAGGUUGCCCAGUCCGGACAAACGAGCGCAGCCGACACGGAAAUCUUCGAAACUCCCACGGAAACGUACCACAUCAGCACCUCGAAGGCCGACGAAGAGCAGCGGGCGGCACAGGAAGCGCAGGAACAAGUGGAAUCGUACGCAGAAGCGGCCCAGGCAACGGGCGGCUCGAUGAAGAUGGAAAUCCCGGAGUACAUCGACUGCAGCGAGGCAAUGACCACGUCGAACGCCAACAACACCACCUACAUUCAAGAGGAAAGCUACGAGCUGGUCGCGGAAAACAUGGACGACAAGGACGUGGACGAGGAGGACAUGAACCAGGACGGCAUCGAGAUGGAAUCGUCGGACAUGGAUAUGAAUCGCAUUUUCCAGGGAGCAUCGGACGAAGCGAAGGCCAGUUUGUUACAAGGUUCCGGCAGCGAGUCCAAACAGUUCCACACCUGCUCCGAGUGCCACCGGCAGUUCUGCUCGAUGAACGCGAUGAAGCGCCACAAGCUGGCCAAGCACGGCGACAACAAGGUCUCGUACAGCUGUGCCAUGUGCAACGCCAUCUUCAAGACCAAGUGGUCGCUGUCGACGCACAAGAGCAAGUACCACCGGGACAAGGUGAUGGUGCUGCCGGUCAAGGCCGAACCGGAAGUGGUGGUCGCGGCCCAGCAGCAGCAAAUUUCCCAACCGGUGGCCACUUCGACGCCGGUAGCCAUAACGGUGCGCAAGCUGGGCGGUCAAGCCACGGCGACCGUGCUGGCCCGGAAGAGCAGCGCCGGCACGAGCGUUAUUCCAUGAAGGCAGGCCAAGCCGGCCGCGGCAGUUGUGACGGCGGCUGAGCUGAGGAAGCCCAAAGGAAGGGGGGGUGACGCUUCGAAAAAGUAGAGCCCGCAGCAUGAGGAGCUAUUGUAAAUAUUUGGCUUUUUUUUAGACUAGUUAAAAAUAGAAGCAGCGGUCUCAACGUACCCACUAGGGCGGUACAAAUAAGUGUUUUUUCAUAGAUUGGUAAAUUUCAAUUGUAGUGUCAAGUGUUGUGUCAUAAAUGCAAUGCGAAGAAAACAAAUUAUUGUAAUAAUAAAUUGUAUCAUUAGUAAGCUCAUUAAUUGUAGUGAACAUUGUUUUUGAUCAAUAAAGAUUAAAGAGAAACAGA